CACAAGCUCAGCACGCUUCAGCAGAAGAUGAGUAGAGCAGCGAGCAGCGGGGGUGGCCGGAGCUCUCUGGGCUACCUCUUUGAGCCGGAGGAGAUCUUCCCGAUCCACAGGUUCAAAUCCAACCGAAAAACCGAGAAGCCCUCGGAAGACCACAUCGUCCCGCCGCCAAAGGACGGCAAGGUCAUGACCUGCGAUGAAGCAGAUCAACGAGAACCGCCAUAUCAGGCUCCUCCGAAGAGGGAGGAGGACUCGAACCCUAUUGUGUCUCACAGACCUGCUUCCAUCAUCUACCACACUAACCAAUCAGGCAACAACUCCGGGCUUCUAAUCACUGACCGUCCGUCGACGAGGGUCCGGUGUGCACCUGGAGGGGCGUCCUCGCUAGGAUUUCUCUUCUCUUCGGAGACGCACGUAGCUGACGAAAAAUGAUGGCACACACCCAAUCCACAAGAGUUUAUGACUCGGUGGAUCUAUCUAUGCUUUCAUAUGCAGUAUGGGGAAGAAGGGUGUUCUAAUUUAUGUACCACGAGCUGACGAGCUUGGCACAUGCCUGCAGCUAGUUUGUCUCUGCAUGGCCUAUAUAUCGUGUUGCUUGGUCAGUGUGUACCAUGGAGCUUAAUAUCUUUGUUUAUCGAUCGCGCGUAGCGCUUGCGGCGAUCUUUGUUGUAAAUUGCUGCUAUGCAGACCUUAAGUUAUAUAUGGGGUUGAAGUUAUGUUUGGGUGUUCAAUUCAAAUGGUUUUGUUACUCUUGUGAGUUAAUGUGUAAUUCCAAGACUGAAUAUAGAUUGUUGUAAUUUAUUUUA